CAAGUCGGUGAAAAUUGGAGCUCAAAUUGCUCAUAUAAAAGUGAAAGUAAAAGUGAAAAACUCAAACUUUAUUAAUAAUUGUGUGUGUGUGUGUGAAAAUGAAAAAUAAUAAAAUAAUAAAACUAUUUUUGAUAAUAGUUUCUGUAAUAGGAGUAGUGGAAAUGGGUGUAAUACCCACUUCACAUCUAACGACAUAGAACGAGACAAUGGAAACCACAAUUAUUCAAAUUUUACUCCCUAACAAUGAUGUUUUAAAUAUUCAGCUGAAAUUGUAUCUAUUUAAGAACAGUUCACUAGCGAAUAAAAAUAACAUUGAUGAGUUAGAGAGUAAACUAAAAACCUCAAAGAAGCAACAACAAUGGCAAGCUAUAUUACAGAAGAGAGGAAACUAAAAAAAGAUGAAGACGACGAAGCACCACAAGAAACAACAACAACAACAACAGAAACAACAACAACAGAAGCAUCAUCAUCAUCAACAGAAGCAUCAUCAUCCUCAACAGAAGCAUCAUCAUCAUCAACAGAACCAACACAAGAAUCAUCAUCAUCAACACCCCCACCAGCUAAUUUCCAAAUCUAUGAUGAGUACGAUGAUUUGUCGUCACCCUCCAAACAAUCAUUUACGCCACUAAAUGAAGAAGAUGGUAAUAAUGAUAAUUUGAAUAUGUUCACCUUUUAGGAUCUAACGUAG